AUGGCCGUCAUGUCUUCUUCCAAUUCUCUCCCGCAGGUGGGCUUCAUCGGUCUCGGAGCCAUGGGCUUCGCCAUGUCCACGCAUCUCGUAAGGGCCGGCUUCCCGGUCCGUGGGUAUGAUAUCUACGGACCGACCUUGGAUCGAUGGCAGACCACCUGCAACGAGAUCCCCAAUUCGAGGGCAACCGUUGCAAAGUCCCCGGCGGAAGCGGUCAAGGAUGUUCCUGUGGUAUGUCUCAUGGUGGCGAACCAUCACCACGUGCACUCCGCGCUUUUCGACGACAAGGUCGGGGCUGUACAUGCCUUACCUAAGGACUGCACCGUCAUCAUCCACGCCACGAUCCCGCCCACAGAACCGUUGUCGGUGCGGUCGAGAUUGACGGACGAGUUUAAGCGGCCGGAUGUCAAGUUGAUCGAUGCCCCUGUUUCCGGAGGAGUGGCUCGGUCGAUCAACGGCACCUUGACCAUCAUGGCAUCAUCCGAUGACCCAGCCAUCCUCCAGCAGCCAGUGGCAAAGAUCUUUCUCGAGAACCUCACCACCAAAGGGAAAACUCUGUUCAUCAUCCCCGGCACUCUCGGUGCCGGCCAAUCAGCUAAGGCGCUGAACCAAGUCAUGGCCGGCAUCCAUAUCCCUUCCGCUUCGGAAAUCUUUGGUCUGGCAGCCAUCAACGGCCUCGACACGAAAAAGUUCUACGACUUUCUCGUCACCAAAGACUCAACAGGCAAAUUGCCGCCCGGGUGGAGUUGGAUGUUCGACAACCGGGGACCGAGGAUUUUAAGUACCGACCCGCCGCUGGCGUCAGCCACCGCCAUCAUCAACAAGGACGUUGGGAUCAUCCAGGACGAGGAGGCAAGGCUGGGAGCCGAGCUGCCCUUGCUCAACAAAGCAAGUGAGGUUCUGAAAGCCGUCAUGAAAACCCAUGCCGGUGCGGACGAUAGCUGCAUUGCACAGUGGUACCUGGGCUUUGACUCGGAUCGAUCGAAUCUCGUGGUCGAACGUGCUGGAAACCCCACAGUCGCCGCUGAGCAGCAAGACGCCCUGAUCCGAAAGGUGGCAACCGCGCACGCCGUCAUUCACCUUAUUUCAGCUUAUGAGACCAUCACAUUCGCCAAAGCUCUGGACCUCAUGCACCCGAAUCAAAGGAAGCAGUGGUAUAGUCUGAUCGCUGGUGCCGCGGGCGGCACCACCAUCUUUUCCGAGGUGAUUCCGCGCGCCUUCGACGAUCCAGAUGGCGUGGAUGCCGCAUUCAAGAAAUUCGCAAAGGAGAGGUUCGCAGAUGCCCUAGACAACACAGUCUCUCUCAUCAACUAUGCAAAGAGCCAGAAUUACCAACCUGUGCUACUCGAAGCGGCGACUGAAAAGUUGAGAACGUUUUUGAGUCAGUGA